UUUUGAAUUUAGUCUAUGAAUUGUAAAAGAGUUCGGAUCAAGUUCCACUUGACCGGAUACAAGAGGAUCUUCGAGGUGGACGAGGCGAUGGCGGUGGAGUCGCAGAGGAUCAAGUACGCGAUCGAGGACACUUGUGUCGAGGACGGGAUCCUGGUCUUCAACGUCAACGUCAACGCCAAGAUCCUCUCCAAGGUGAUCGAGUACUGCAAGAGGCACGCCGCUGCCAAGCCAUCCGCCGCCGCCGGCGGUAGCGGCGGCGCCGGCGCCGGAGACGACUCCACCUCCUCCUCCACGGCCGUCGAGGAGCUCAAGUAGUGGGACGACGAGUUCGUCGAGGUUGGCCAGGCCACCGUCUACAAGCUCAUGCGGGUUCGAAUCUCGCGCCCCCUUUGGCUGCAAACUGUCUUCAAAUAAAGGGACUGCGACGCCUGACCAUCCGAACUGUGGUUAACAUGGACAAGAUCUUCAACCCCGAGGAAGAGAAGUGGAGGCUCUUGGACCAUUUCUUCUUCUGACUAGCUCUUAUUACGAAGUUGAUGUUACUAUGUAACUUGUAAUAAUGUCGGUUGCAUGUAGCAGACCAUUGAUGGACUACCUACCGACCUCAUUUGGAUAAUAUUUCUCGUCGUCACUCUGUGAACUAUCUUCUAUUGAUGGUUAUCAAUGUGGGAUGUUUGCAUCGCAUUUCUACU